AUGUCUCUUCUUGAACGAGAGCUUCAAAUUGAGGAGAUUGAUAUCAAUCUCUACCGGUCUGCCAAGGAGCUUUGGCGACCUAUCGGUCAGCGAGGUAUCUUUGGCGGCUCUGUCAUUGCUCAGGCCCUGAUGGCUGCUACCAAAACUGUGCCCCCAGAGUUCAUUAUCCAUUCCAUGCACUGCUACUUUGUGUUAUCUGGAAACCCCGACCACCCCGUGCUCUACCACGUUGAGCGGGUCCGAGAUGGCAGAAGCUUCGCUACCCGAACAGUCCAGGCCAAACAGCGGGGACGUGUGAUCUUCACCACUACAUGCUCUUUCCAGGUUGACAAGGGCAACGGAAACAUGCAUCAUCAGAGCCGAAUGUACGAGCGAGAGGUCAAGAGCAGUGGAAAGGCUUUUGAUGGCGAACACGAGGCCACCAACGGAAUUCCUGCUCCCGAGAAUUGCGUCUCCUCGCUGGAGGUGUCCAAGUACCUCAACAAGCAGGGCGUGAUCAGUGACGAUAUUCUCAAGAAGAUGGUGGAUCGAUCAGUUGAGGAUCCCAUUGAAAUUAGACUAGUGACCGGUCUUCUGAACAAGGACGAUGGUCUGCUUCCUCAUGAACGAAGAAUCAAGUUCUGGGUUCGAUGCAAACCUGUUAUUGAGCGAGACGACGUUCAGUCGGUCGGUAUUGCUUACCUCAGUGACUCUUUCCUGCUGGGAACAGCUAUCCGAGUCCAGCCCCUCAAUCCCGGUGCUGCCUCUAUGGUUGUUUCCCUGGACCACACAAUCUACUUUCAUGGCAAGUUCCGAGCUGAUGAAUGGCUGCUGCACGUGAUUGAUUCCAACUGGAGUGGAAACGAGCGGGCACUGGUCCGAGGACGACUCUACAACCAACAGGGAGUCUUGGUCGCCACAGUGUUCCAGGAGGGUGUCAUUCGAUUGAAGGAGAAAUACAAAGGCAAGGCUGUAGAGACCACAGAUGACUAUCUUAGCAGCGGAACGAGAACUGAUGCUGAGAAGGAGGAGUCUAAGAAGAAGGGAGCCAUGGCUGCUAAGAGUAUUGACAGUAAGCUGUAA